UUUUGUAGAUAAGAAGAUUGUAGCCAGCUAUCAACUAACCCAAUUUAAUUUCACUAUUGCCUAAGCUAAAUUUAAUGUAGGGAUCAGGCUUUUUGUUAAAUUUCCAAACCUUUAAAUAGGAAUUCUGUAUUAUUAUACAUUUUAUACAAAAAUGCCUAUGCAUUUUUAUGCUGUAUGGAAACUAAAUCUAAACACGAAGAUCAUACCAUCCUGAGAUUAUGAACAAUGUGAUAAAGAAAGCAAGAGAAAAGGGACAAUGGAAGGUGUUGGUGGUGGACAAGCUUAGUAUGAGAAUGGUUUCCUCCUGUUGUAAAAUGACAGACAUCAUGUCAGAGGGAAUUACCAUUGUAGAAGACAUAACUAAGCGUCGUGAGCCUCUGCCCAGCAUGGAAGCCAUCUACCUGAUUACACCCACAGAUGAGUCUGUUGGGGGCCUGAUUGAUGACUUCAGGGACCCACAGUCUCCAAGGUACCGAGCAGCACAUGUCUUCUUCACUGACACAAUUCCAGAGUCUUUGUUUGGCCUGCUGACCAAAUCCCGCGCCUCUAAAGCCAUGAAGGCCCUGACUGAAAUCCACAUUGCAUUUCUUCCAUAUGAAUCUCAGGUCUUUUCCCUGGCUAAACUGGAUGCUUUUCAAGACUUCUAUAGUCCUUUCAAGAGUGACAUGAAGAAUAAUAUGUUAGAGCGUUGUGCUGAACAAAUGGCCACCCUCUGUGCCACACUCAAAGAGUAUCCUGGAAUUCGAUAUAGAGGGGAGUACAAAGACUGUGAAGUAUUUGCUCAGAUGCUACAAGACAAACUGGAUGGCUACAAGGCUGAUGACCCCGCCAUGGGAGAGGGUCCGGAUAAAUCUCGUACACAGCUGCUUAUCCUGGAUCGUGGCUUCGAUCCUGUGUCCCCUCUCUUACAUGAACUCACACUACAGGCCAUGGCUUAUGACCUUCUGGGUAUUGAGAAUGAUGUGUAUAGGUUUGAAACCAGUGGCAUGGGAGAGACAAGAAUGAAGGAGGUGUUGCUAGAUGAGGAUGAUGACCUUUGGCUGACCCUGAGACACAAACACAUCGCUGAAGUGUCAACGGCUGUGACUCGUUCUCUGAAAGACUUUUCUGCUAGCAAAAGGAUGAACACUGGAGAAAAGACCACAAUGAAGGAACUGUCUCAGAUGUUGAAGAAGAUGCCUCAGUAUCAAAAAGAGCUCAGCAAGUAUUCAACCCAUCUUCACCUGGCUGAGGACUGUAUGAACCGCUACCAGGGAACAGUUGACAGACUUUGCCGUGUAGAACAGGAUUUGGCAAUGGGCACAGAUGCAGAGGGAGAGAAGGUCAAGGAUCCAAUGAGGCUCAUCGUACCCAUUCUACUGGAUGCAAACGUUAGCGUAUCUGACAAAAUCCGCAUCAUCCUGCUUUACAUUUUUCUUAAGAAUGGAGUUACUGAGGAGAAUCUUUGUAAGCUCCUUCAGCAUGCCAACAUUCCACCAGAAGACAGUGACAUCAUUUCUAACAUGGCCCACAUGGGCAUUCCGAUUAUCUAUGAGGGCACUGCCAAGAAAACCAAGAAGCCUGAUCGUAAAGAACGAAUCAGUGAGCAGACCUACCAGCUCUCUAGAUGGACUCCUCUUGUCAAGGAUCUCCUAGAGGAUGCUAUUGAGGACAAACUUGACCCCAAGCAGUACCCGUAUAUUUCCCAAAGACAAGCAUCUGUCAAAGCUAGUGUUCCAUCAAGUGCUCGCUAUGGAAACUGGCACAAGAACAGAGGCCCCACAGAAAUAAAAACAGGACCCAGGAUCAUUGUCUUUAUCAUUGGUGGAAUGACCUAUAGUGAGAUGCGCUGUGUCUAUGAGGUUACUCAGGCUAAUGGCAAGUGGGAAGCUUUAAUUGGUUCCACGCACAUUUUGACCCCACAAAUGUAUCUACAAGAACUACAACACUCAGACUUCUUGGACCCCAGUGCCCCUCCAGAGAGUACAGUGGAACCAGAGGCAGAUUGAAGACAGUUUAAUGCUGGUGCAUCCCAGCUACCAAAAUGCAAGGAGGUUGCUGUCUCAGACUGACACGCCACUGCAGGCUUUGGACACACUACUACCUUGUAGAAGAGUUGUUGGCUCACCUCAGGAGCAAAGACUCUGGCUCCAUCCUAUCUGACUCCCCACCGGACCCAAGGCUGUUAAAGCGAAUGCAUCUUGUCUUCGAAGCUUGGUGUUCCUUCCUUUGGAUAACAAGACAUGAUGAUGCAGAAGUGAGAAAGCAAACAUUCUCACUCACAGCAAGAUAAGGUGGCACAAACAAUUCCAUUGCUGCAGAGAGACAUUCCACCAGAGCCAGACAAAGGGGUUAAAAGGCAGAAGCAACUUGAGAAAUUGGCGUCUACGAACAGGAUCCUCUGCAGGUCGUCUGGGCGGUGUGACCAGGGACGAUAGUCCUGAGGACUAGGUCCAUUCAGCCUCCAAACCUCUACAGACAUUUAGAGCUGGGAGGACUGCUCAUCCGUCUGGAUCGCCUCUGACGAGAUCCAGCGAACACAAAAUCCAACCUCUACUCAGCUCGGUGAGAGAGAAUCCGUUUUGUUGUGACUUAUUGAAGAAAAAAAAAAAAAAAACGGGUUUGAAAUUGGUUUCAGUUAUUCGGGGUUUACUUGGCUCUGAUCAUUUGGUUUAGGGAAAGUAAGGCAAAUAACAAUUAAUUCUAAAACAUCCCCUACUAGACUAAACAUACAACGACAAAAGAAAACAUGAUUAGGACUAGAGAUAAUAAUAUUUCUAAAACAACUAUUUGGCUGAAAACAUCCAAAAUAUAAUAUUAGGAUCAAACAAAAAAAAAUCUUAUAAUUUUAAAAUUUAAUAUUCGGGUAAAAUUAAUUAGGUCAAAGUCUGCCCUGGUGGCUGAGACGGUGGUUGCUAAGGGUUGGCUCGUGGAACCGAGCUUUCGUCUGUACUGAGGAUACAGACCAGUGUGCAGAUCUGAGCGCAGUCCAACGGGAGUGGACAAGAAAUAAAAGACGGCUUCUGAAAGACGGAGCGCGUUUGCAGAGUGAAGUGUUUUCGAGAGACGAGGGACCCGGGUCUUGGAGGGGCCUGACGGUGAGGGAGCACUUCCGAGAACUCUGUUGCUGAUCUGAGCGGUUCCCUUUCUACGGAGACGUCCGUGGAAGAGAAAUUUGGAAAAGGUUCCGGCCGGAACACACAAAAAUCUAAGGCAGGAAACCGCCGGGACUCUGAAAGAUGGGUUCGGGGCGAUCUAAGUCUCCACCACCACACAGCAGCAUUACAAAAGUAAAAAGUAAAUAUGGUUAUUAGUGGGUUUCAUGUUUCAAUGAGUGGGAAACUGGUUAUGGUUUCAAAAGGAGAAUCACUUAGUGUAAAAGACAUAUUCACCUUAAAAGAAAAAUUAGACACAAAAGAUGAGAUUUGAAAAAGCAAAACUAUCAAAACUAAACCUCUAAAAAGAAACAAAAGAGAGAUGAGAAGUAACAGAAAGAAAGAAAAUAACAACUCUGGGGAAGAAUGGUUUUUACUCUGCCACACACACCACACACACACACAUAUCAUGUCAAGAGCGAAUGCUCCCAUUGUUUCUGCUCUCUAUCCUAAUGCAGAACUGAGCGCAACGUCUGCAGCCAUCACGUUCUGGGCUCAUCAGAUGAACCAGCUAGUACAAGCCCUGCACCAGCAGGAAAGGACUGUGUCUGAAGCUUCAGAGGCUGUAAAACUGUCAUACAGUGUGUCUGACACAGACACCUGCUAAUGACAAUCAGCAAAGGAAAACAAGGACAGAGCAACAGCAGAGUGAGCUCCAUCUGAGAAGACGUGCUCUGACACAGACACUGGUUGAAACAACAAGAGGCUUCAGACGUGAUUGGCCCAAUAGAGCUGCAUCCGAGGAUCCAGGAAAGGUCUGUCAUCGCAUUGGAAGAACAACUGUCCCAUCUACGUCAGGCUUCACCCACUGGCGCUCACAUGAGACUGAUUGUUGGUGAAGGAGGAAGGUGACGGUUCCUUUUCACGUGACGUAGAAGACGAUACCACAAACACACACACACACACACACACACACACAUUCAUACACGCAAUGAAGAAACACACUUACAGCUGAUACACGCUCAAAUUCAUGUUCAUGCUUAUCUGCUCGCAAUGAAGAAUCACUUUUUGCUUAAAAAAAUCCCACAGAGUGAUUUUAAAAUGAUGACAAACAGCUAAAUGACAACUUCUGCAUGACUUUACAGUCUGAUGGGUUUAAAGAAUUUUAAUUUGCAACACAUUCAGUAAUAAAAUCCUCCAUGUUUCUAAAAAGAUUUGUGCACAAUAUAGGUUUGUCUGGCCAGACUAGAAGACUAUAGAAAACAAAAAGAAACAAUCAGACUAUAGAAAAACAAAACAAACUAUAGGAAGACUGAAACCGACUGAAACAGACUAUUAAUGACUAUUAAAGGUAAGAGGACUAUUAGAGAGAAAUAAUAAUAAUUACUGUACUGUAUGUACCAGACUAUUAAAGAAAAACUUAUUCUUUCACUGUCUUGUGCAACUUCUGAAAGCAAGACACCUUAAGAUUUAUUUUUGCUUUCAAACUUAUGCCCAGUUAAAUUUUUAGGAAGAGAUCUCAUGUGUAGUUUAGGUAUUUGAUUGAUUUCCACUCCAGACGGAGUGCAGGUUACAUCUACAGACAUUCUAAAUAAUCCCUCUUUUGUUGGUGUUAACUUCAGCUCAGCUGUGCUCUUAUCUGUCACGAUCCGGUUCUAGUUCUGCUUUUAUUUUUGUAAGGACUUAGUUUGUCAGCCAUGUCAUCAUGUUUUGGUUCCAUUUCCAUUUCCUGUUUUAUUUUGGUAGUACUCCCGGUUUCUGUUUCUGUUCUAGCUUCACUUCCUGUUUACCGUAUGUCACAGCUUUCCCCGUUUCCACCGGUCAUUAUCCACACCUGCACUUCAUUAGUAAUCAGUUCACUGUGUUUUUAAGCACCACCUCGCACCCCAGUACCUCGCCAGAUUGUCGAGUCUCAGUUUCCCACUUUCCAGCAUUGCCGUAUAAGCUAAACUUGUUGCACGAUCCUGUCCGUACCUGACUGCCGAUUCCUGCCAACACCCUGUCUGUACCUUCGCCUUGGAUCUUGUGGUAAACCUUACGACUGUCUGACCAUUGAGUUUUCCCUAGCCCUAGUCUGUACCUCUGCUGUGUUUACUUGCGUACCAAACUCCUGCAUGUUUCCCGGACCUAAUCCUGCCUGUCUCUUUUGUGCCUUUGAACUGAGCCUUCAUGUGUAUGACCUGGAUCGCCUGACUACGUUUGAGUAAUAAACGCUGUUUGUUAACUAUAA